GGGAGCCAAGCAGCUGGAGUUGCUUCCCUGUUCAGCAAGCAGGCAGGCGCGCAAAAAGAAGCGCCGCCUCUCCAUUUCGCUAGCUCGCUCUGCAAUCUUGUGAAAGGUCGCUGGUGGUAAAUGAAGAGGGGAGCCCUUCUCUCUCUCUCUCCACCUCCCCUUUCAAGCCUUCCCAGCCCCCCUCCGCCGCCGCCGCCGCCCUUGCCCUGAACUGGAUCAUCCUGCGCCGCAGCUGACAUUGAGCGCACGCUUUGCGCAAGCAGCCCCUGGUCCCAGCCAGUGCCGGACGGAGGGGGUCGCUGGUGCCUCGGCUGGAUCGCCUCUGCUGCAACCACGUGUCUGCCUCGCCAGCUGCCUGUCACACACCACAACAAGAAAGCCAGCGGGGGGAUCUUUUUUGAUCGCCUGCGGAAGGAACGCACGACUUUCCCCCAGCCCAGGUUAGUGGCGAGAUGGAGGAAAGCAGCCUGGCACCAUGCUAGCAGAGAGCGACCGAGCUGGAGCACAUGGCCGAGGUCCUGCUAACCGGGGAGCAGUUACGGCUCAGACUGCAUGAAGAAAAGAUAAUUAAAGAUCGGAGACAUCACUUGAAGACGUAUCCAAACUGCUUCGUUGCCAAAGAACUGAUUGACUGGCUGAUUGAUCACAAGGAGGCCUCUGACAGGGAGACUGCAAUUAAACUAGUACAAAAAUUACUGGAUCGUAGCAUCAUUCACCAUGUUUGCGAUGAGCAUAAGGAAUUCAAGGACCUCAAACUUUUCUACCGCUUUCGGAAAGAUGAUGGAACGUUCCCACUUGACAACGAAGUGAAGGCCUUCAUGAGGGGACAGAGGCUCUAUGAAAAGCUGAUGAAUACCGAAAAUGCACUUUUACAAGCCAGGGAAGAGGAAGGAAUAAAAUAUGAACGCACUUUUAUGGCAUCUCAGCUGAUUGACUGGUUGAUCCAGGAAGGGGAGGCCACCACAAGGUCUGAUGCUGAACAACUUGGUCGCAGGCUACUGGAGCACGGAAUUAUACAGCAUGUGUGCAACAAACACCAUUUUAUAGACAGCAAUCUGCUGUUCCAGUUCCGAAUGAAUUUCCGCCGGAGGAGGAGAUUGAUGGAGCUGCUCGCUGAGAAGUCCCGCUUGAUGCCAGAGAGUCACGACAGUCCCUUUUGUCUACGAAAGCAGAACCAUGACAAUAAAAAGCACACCAGUUUCCUCUCAGUGAGCCCCACCAAGGAGAUAAAGAUUGUCUCAGCAGUGAGACGGAGCAGUAUGAGUAGCUGUAGCAGCAGUGGGUACUUCAGCAGCAGCCCAACGAUCAGCGGCAGUCCUCCAGUUCUGUGCAACCCCAAAUCUGUAUUGAAGAGACCAGUGACUCCUGAUGAACUUCUGAUGCCUGGGGCACCAUAUGCCAGAAGAACCUUCACAAUUGUAGGCGAUGCCGUCGGGUGGGGAUUUGUGGUGCGUGGGAACAAGCCUUGCCACGUCCAAGCUGUGGAUCCCAGCGGCCCAGCAGCUGCAGCAGGAAUGAAGGUCUGCCAGUUUGUGGUUUCGGUGAAUGGGCUGAACGUCCUCCAUGCAGACUACAGGACAGUGAGCAACCUCAUCCUGACUGGUCCUCGAACCAUCGUCAUGGAAGUGAUGGAGGAGAUAGAGCCUUGAGGAGGACACUUUGAGAUGAGGACAUAUACCUUGUCCAAGACAAUUAUCCUGCCUUCGAAGUACUUUCCUCCCUCCCCUCCACCCCCAGUUUACCAGUAAUAAAUACUUGGGUGGAUACGCUCUUCAGCCAAUGUUUGUACCCAUGGUACUGAUGUGCAGACUCCCCUGUGCUAUGCUGUGGGCCAACUGCAUAUCCGGGAUGUAGCCAUCUCAGGUGGCCUGCAUCACAGAUGGCUGUGGUACCAACAGAAGGGUCAGAAUCAUGUCAGGAAUUGCAUCCUUGCAGGUUUCCCCAAUGCUAUGCCACUCCUGUUUUCCUUCACAAUUUUAUUUCUGCGACGGAGCCACCGCUGAGAUCAUCCGAAGGACUUUCACCUUGGGAACUGGGCCGCAUCGUAUAUUUUCAUUCGCACUUGUAAUGUGCCAAUUGAAAGCAUUACCAGGUGGUGUGUGUGCAUUGUUUCAGGAUGCUGUAGCAGAACAUCAAAUUCUAAUAAAUUAAAAGGAGGGGUAAAGGUGAAGGGACUCCUAACCAUUAGGUCCAGUCGUGGCCGACUCUGGGGUUGCGGCGCUCAUCUUGCUUUAUUGGCCGAGGGA